GGGACUGAUAAGCUCCGAUAUGAAAUUUUCCAAUUGAUGUACGCCAAAAGUCAAGUUCGUGACUUUAUAACUGCUUAUUCAAAUUCUCGCGCGUCGAUGGUUGGCAUUAGAUCUUAGAAACAACUGCGCAUCUUUAUUUUUUUAUUUUUUUCAACCUUUACGAUACUCUGCAGGAAACUCAAUUGCGGAAUACAUCUACCCCCAAACUUGCAUAGCGCUGCUAUACGCCACCAUCCGCUGAAAUCAUGAUUCGCAAACAAGCCCGACAACGGCGCGAUUACCUCUAUAGAAGGGCUCUUUUACUCCGCGAUUCGGAAAUCAGUGAGAAAAGAGCAAAACUCAGAGCAUCCUUAGCAACCGGCAGACCGUUAGACCCAUCGAUUGCCAACGAUAAGGAACUGAGGAAAGACUAUCAAUAUGACGAAUCAAAGCCGGAUAGGAGCGCGAAUGAAGAGUUAGAUCUUGACGAUGAAUACUCCCAACUUUCUGGGAUAGUUGAUCCCAGGGUCCUUGUUACCACUUCGAGAGAUCCAUCUGCCCGUCUAUCGGCGUUUGCGAAAGAGAUUCGCUUGCUUCUCCCGACAGCCAUACGACUUAAUCGUGGCAACUUAAUUUUACCGGACCUCGUUCGAUCAGCACAGAGUAGUGGCCUCAGCGACUUAGUUCUUCUCCAUGAGCAUCGUGGUGUUCCUACAGCCCUGACACUAUCUCACUUCCCACAUGGACCGACCAUAUCAUUCUCCUUACACAAUGUCGUGCUGCGCCAUGACAUCCCCAACAGUAUUCGCGGAACUGUUAGCGAAUCAUACCCGCACCUGAUAUUUGAUGGCUUUACCUCUCGUCUUGGUGCUCGGGUCGUCAAAAUCUUAAAGCAUAUAUUUCCCCCGAGGGAACCUAUUACAAGCAAUGCAAAGCUCGGAAGCCGAGUAGUCACAUUUAAGAAUAUUGAAGAUGCGAUUGAAGUGCGGCACCACGUUUUCGUCCGAACCGGAUACGAUAGCGUAGAAUUAUCUGAAGUCGGACCUCGAAUGACGAUGAAGGUAUUCGAAAUCCGAAGUGGUACCCUGGAAAACAAAGAUGGGGAUGUUGAGUGGCAUCUAAACCAAUAUACGAGAACCAGCCGCAAGAAAGACUAUCUUUGAGGUUAAUAUUACGACUAGCCUUCACGUCGCGAUCUAGGGUAUCAUGGCUCCGAAGGUUUCGUACCUCCAUACCUUACAGGAAGACGUGGCGCCAUGAAGAGCCGUGCAUCUCUGUCCGGAUCCAGGAAAAUCUCCACACGAGCGUAUAAAUCUUUUCGAGUGUUUCAUCAACAUAACGGCCGUUUAGCGUACACAAACACUCGAAAAUGAGAAAAUCUCGCGCGAAAGAUUGAUACAUUGGAUAGAGGAUUGGCAGAGUUUUGACGUUGAUUUUCUCAACAGCGUUCUUCCAUUGCGCAGUGAUUUUCCUGAAAGACCAUAGCAUGAAGAAAUCAUGUCUACGAUAACUUCGGACAAUUCAUACGGUCAAAAGACUUAGAGAGACAUCUUCUUAGUUUGAUCUCGUGUGUGUAACUCCGGGCAAGAGAACAAAUGAAAGAAAACCAAACUCUCCAAUAAAGCUAUUUUCACAAUAGAAAUAAACCAAGAGCAAAUUCAUGUCUACGAGAUAAUCUAAACCUUUCUUAUUCGUGUGAUUGGAAUUAUAUCAGUAGAUAUUGUAGGGAAAGAUAUGAUAAUAGAACAAUAUCCCAUAGUUACUAAGCGGUAGUUCUCACAU